AUGGCUUUCUCCAAAACUGUUUAUUCAUUUGAAGUGAAAGAAGACACAGCACCAGGAACAGUGGUGGGAAAGGUGGAAACAGUGUUUCAGGGUCUCACGCAUAUCACAUAUUCAGUGCAGGAGGAUGACGGAGAGAACCUUUUCCUCCUCAGUCCCCUCUCAGGGGAGUUCCUUUUGUCCCGUAGUCUGGACUAUGAGGCAAAGAGUUUUUACAUACUCACCGUGGCUGUGCAGCAGGGGGACUCUCAGGUUCCCAGUGUCAGGGUGUACUUCAAUGUGUUGGAUGUGAACGACAACCCCCCUCUUUUCAGUCAGGAGACUUUUUCUGCGUCUUUGCUGGAGGACGCCAGAGUCGGCGCUUGCUUUCUGUCCUUAGAGGUGUCAGAUAAAGAUGAUGGUGAAAAUGGGGACCUAAAACUGAGAGUGGUUGAUGGAGAUGAAGAGGAUGUGUUCUUCAUAAACUCUGCUGGGAGUUUAUGCCUGAAAACAGAGUUAGACAGGGAGAGACAGUCCUCCUACAACCUGACUGUUACAGCUAAUGACUGUGUCCAGCCAGUGUCUUCACAGCUCACCAGCUCAGCCCGUGUUGUUGUGUUGGUCGAUGAUAUCAACGACAAUGCUCCACUGUAUUCCCUGGAGAAUCUUGAUGUGCCAUUUGCCAUUGAUGAAACAUCUGGAGAGCUGUUUACAACCAAUGUCCUGGACAGAGAGACAGUUGCCAUUUACAGAUUGGUGGUAAUUGGCAGUGAUAAGCAUCCUACUGAACCUCUGUCAAGCUCGGUGCUAGUUACUGUGCUCAUUGGAGAUGUUAAUGACCACUGGCCCCAGUUCAUGAACAGCCCCUAUGUAGCCUAUGUGCCAACUGAGAUGGCUCCAGGUUCAGUUUUCACCCAGGCUGAGUACAGAUGUGAGGUGUUUGAGAACUCCCCGCCAACCGAGGUUUGUGAUGUUCUUGCUCUGGAUGCUGAUUCAGGCAUUUAUGGCACAGUGCAGUACAACAUUACAGAAGGAGAGGCUACUUUUAACAUCACAGUUGAAGCUACCGACCAGCUUCACUUCCCAGUCAACAACAGUAUCUACGUGAACUACAAAGGAUUUACGAAUGCCUCUAUAGACAGCUGUAUAUUAUUCUAUGUGUCAACAUCAUCCCUGGAAGAGUUUGCAUCCAAUAACUAUUUGCGAUUUGUGAAAGCUCUGGACAGUCUUUUCAACCUACAGGCCUCUAAGACUCAUGUGUUUGGAAUAAAACAAAUUGGCAGUGAAAUCCUUUUAUUGGCUGCGGUUAAAAACUACAAUGGUCGAUAUCUUAGUAAAGAAGUAGCCAGUGGUAUCUCCACAGGACAUAAGAGGUUACUGGAGGUGCAGAGUAAUGUGACAAUAUCUCACAUCACCAGUGAUCCAUGUCUCAAUAGCCCAUGUCAAAAUAGAGCAAAAUGCAACAAAAACAUCUACAUCAGCCAGGAAGUUUCUGUUCUGGAAAGCGAGGCUGUCAUCUUUGUGUCACCGCAAAAGGAGGUAUUUAAUUGCACCUGCCCAGUAGGCUUCACUGGGACACUGUGUGAGGAUGACAUCGAUGAAUGUGAGGUGAAUCCCUGUGAGAACAAAGGCACAUGUGUGAAUACUGCAGGAAGUUUCUACUGUCACUGUCAGGGUGGUUUCUCUGGCUCUGUCUGCUCUGCUGAUGUAGACGAAUGCCUGAGGGUGAAGUGCCAAAACGGAGCCACCUGUAGUCCCACUCAGGAUGGAUAUCAGUGUAAAUGUGUGCCAGGGCUUGAAGGUGAAAUGUGUGAGCACUUCAUCGACCAUUGCAGGUCAACCCCAUGUGUUCAGGGCAACUGUACCAAUACACAGACUGGAUUCUCCUGCCACUGUCCUUUUGGAGUCAGUGGAGACACCUGUGAGGAGCACAGUUAUGGCUUUGAGGAACUGUCCUUUAUGGCGUUUCCCCCAUUGGAUCGUAGGAUUAAUUUAAUCUCUCUAGAUUUUGCAACGAUGCAGAGGGACUCGCUACUCCUGUAUAACCCCGGAGGAUCAUCAUCAAGCAGGGAGUUCUUUGCCCUGGAGAUUCUGGAUGGGUCCAUGCGCCUCUCGUAUGACCUCGGCUCAGGACCUGUGAGGCUGCACACAAAUAAGCAAGUGGCAGAUGGAUAUUUUCACAGUGUCACUGUCAGGAGGAUUGGCAGUAUGGGUUCUGUAAAUGUGGACAACUGCACUGACACUGAGAACAUGGGAUUUUGUUUUUCACAGAGUGAUGGCAGCAGCCUGGAGAGGACUCUAGAUGUUGGCAGUAAUAUGACAUUCGGAGGAUUGAGGACUGCUGAAUAUAUUUUACUGCAUCCUGCCCAGAUAAAGACCCAUGACUUCGUUGGGUGUAUUCGUAACAUUCAUGUGAACGGCAUCCUGCUAAGACCUUCAAUGGCCCUUUCAACAUAUAAUAUCCUUGAUCGGUGUCCUCGGGCAUCACCAUCACCAUGUCAUAGCAACCCUUGUAAGAACGGUGGCACCUGCCAUGACCUUUGGUCUGACUUUCUUUGUGAGUGCAAAAGCCCUUUUACUGGAAGCAACUGUGCCACAGAAAUGUCAGAGGAGCUUGUUUUGCGAUUUAGUGGGAUUGACUACAUUCAGUAUGUGAUCAAGGAGAGAUUCAAAAGAGACUACCUGCUGAAAAAACUCCAAGAUAGUGAUGAUAAAGAAGACACCAGGAACCAAAAUGUGUUUAACAUCAAGUUCAAGACUCAAGAUGAUGGAGUGUUAAUAUUUAUUGUUCAUCAGACAGGAUUCGUUCUGCUAAAGAUAAUAGACAGAAAGCCUGUGUACAUUUCUAAAGACACAUCGUCUGGACACCUGUCAGAGUUCACGUUGGACUCUCCCGUGGCUGACGGGGUUUGGCGUGUCCUCUCUUUGUUCAGAAAUGGACAAAAGAUCUUCCUGCUCAUGGAUGGUAUUCAAGUUUUAAACAUCACUGAUCAAAGAAUGGCGCUCACUCCUGUGACUGUGGAGAAGAUUGUACUUGGUGCAACCCUGACAGGUGAUUCGACUCUCAAACUGUCAGGGUUGAUUGGCUGUGUGCAGUAUUUCAAUAUGAAUGGUCACUCCCUGCCUGUCAGUGGACACAGUAUGAUGGUGGAUGUCUGGCCGAGCCCAUCUCUUCUCCAGUCUAACUGCAGCUCAUCAGGUGUCUGCCAUCCGCCGCCCUGCUCUGACGAGGACACAGCCAGGAGCAGUUGUCUGACUGCGCACUGUAAAAACAGGCGGAGGUGCAGACCAGAUGUGCAGAACGGGUCCUGCAUCUGUUUUCAUAAUGUUUCUAACCCCACCUGUGAUGUCUGCAUCUCUACAGCAGAGAGCCUUCGUGGAUGCUCAGAGGCUCAGGGCAGCGGGCCCCUGUGGCUCAUAGCUGUGAUUCUUCCUCUUAUCUCCAUCCUUGUGAUUAUAGGAAUGUUUACUGUUCAGUAUAAAGCGAGGCGGCAAAAUGCAAAAUGUACUCGUGAUAGUACGCAGCAGAAAAGAGAACAAGGAACAGACAACGCAGCCUUUUGCUUCAAUGACAACAGAAGUGCACACACAGGACAAGAGAAUAGCCAUGACCCGAUGAGUGCAGAUCAGCAAAAACUAGGUGCUGCAGAGUUUUACUGUGAAGCCAGUUCGUCAAGUGUUCAGUCGCUGCCACAUAGUGAGCCAGAGUAUUAUGAGAUUGGUAGCAUCUCUAGUGCAAGUCCUUCAAAAACUGCUUCACUUAAACUCAACUUUCAUGAGCAUUUAGACCGUAAAGAAGGUGUGACAACUGAACCUAAACAUGGGGGAGAUUUGAGGAUGCUGGUAGCAGGAUUUAACAAUGAACACUCCCAUGAGGUUUGGGCAAAAAAGGCUACAAAGCCUCAAAAUGUGUCUUCCCUAAACAGGCUUAAGAUUGACACAGAGAACUCCCAGCAUACACCACAUUGUAACAAGAGUUUUAUACAACCAGAGUUCCUGGAGCCUGCACAAUGCCUCACAUUGGAAGAAAUCAGUAAUCUGAACAAUCCACUGGAGCAGAGAAUUGUACAUCAAGCAUCUCCGAGAUCCAGCAUGAUGAUGGAGGUUUCAUCUGAAAGUGACACAGACAGCACAUUCACCGGUGCAGGGUUUGACUGUGGACUGUUUUCUGUCUUCAGCGACAGGAAAUUCACACAUGAUCAGUCAUCUCUGACAACGCACAGCUUCAGGAAACAAGGCCCCUCUCAGCCUAACACUGAGAGCAUUCCCUACACUAAGUUUGAGCAAUGGGGCAAUAUUUUAAAUUUACACUUACCUUUUCGCAGCUAUGCUCCUGUAUUUGAGGAUAUUGCACGUCUACCCACUGAGCACAGUCAUAGCUAUGAUAUACAAAGUGACAUAGAGGAAAUUAUCUGAUAUUAAUCAUCUUUUCCCAACCUCAUCAAGGUUGGAAAACAUGUUUGCAGUC